AUGGUGGAAAUUAUAGGGAAUGUUUCAAAUUCAAUCCCAGUAAUUUUGGAAGCAGGUGAUCACUCGGGUAAAGAUAUGGAAACUUCCAAAUUACAGGAUCCUCCAAUUAACGACUUCCCCCAAGUCAAGGAAUUUCCAAACGUAGAUAGGCCAAUUUCAAACAAUGGGUUAACUAUCGUUGACAAUCCCAUGAACCCCCUGAAUCCACCAGCACUAGCAGUC